GAGCCCGGAAGAGUUGAACGGCGGUGAUGAUGGGCAACCAGAGAUUGAGAGGAGAAACAUAAGGUUCAUUUUUAUAGCCGCACUUCGUUGUUUCAACGCGACAUUCAUGCGCGUGUAUACACUCGCCGUUGAAGAAAGGACAGGAGAUAUCACUUUUUCUCCAUUUUGAAGCUGGGUGACGAGGCUACAUGGUGUCUGUCUCCCAUUCAGAGUGUGGAUGUGUGGGUGUCCAGACAUGGAAAGCUACGAGGAGUUUUGCCUGCGGAGUUUGGCCAUACUGCAGGAGGAAGGGAAAUUCAAGAGGACGACAUGUGAGCCACUGUUGUCCCUGAAGGCUCGCUCUGGCAUCCGCUUCCAUGGAAGAGCUGUGCUUUUGCCUCUGCUGAGUGCAGAACAGCGAAGCGAGAUGUGUGACCUCAAACAGAGGGCGGUCCAGCUGGAGGUGGACAGGCAGAACCGGCAGAGGAACAACCUUCUGGCCCGGGUUCAGGACAUACUGGAUCAGACACAAAAAGUACCAAGUGAAGAGGUUGAAAAGCUGCCAGUUUCUAAACCUGCCACAGUCAGUGGCUACACCCUGGUCACUGACUCUCCUGGACUUCCCAGAGACCCUGGAUUUGGGCUUCAGACAGAUGACCAGUCUGCUACUCCAUGCUCUGAGACCCCCAUCCUCAAUGGUUAUAAGGCAGUGGAGGAAGUGAUGGUGGAGAGGGCAGAGAAGAGUGAGGAGGAAGAGGAGGAAGAGGAGGACAUGAGUUUGGACAGUCUUCUUAAGAGAUCAAGGGAGUAUGUGAAGAGAGAGCAGAGUGUGCAGGGAUCAAAAGUUGUCCACACAGUCACCAGGACUCCCCCGCCUGAGACGGCCUCUGACAAGGAGAAUAAGAGCUGCAGUCCCAAGGGGGACACAGGUGUUGAGUUUGGAUUCAGUUUGCACCAUAGCCCUAUUGGCCCACCUCAGACCACAAUCCAGCAUCAAACUCUGUAUGAGCCCACUCCUCAGCAGUCUGGCCGCCUCUCACCUGGUCUACCUGACCGGUAUGCUCGUCUCCCCAGUCCAGAGUCCAGCAUUAGUCCCCGUCCACAGAGACGCAGACCUCGCCCAGUUUCUACAGGGAACAUUCACAUUUCGUUUCCCAUCGGCCCAGCAGACCUUAUCCCACGAAGUCCAGGAAGGUCAGGGGAAGGUGCUGGAAUGGCAGAUUGGGGAGAAGCUCUCUCAGGGGCCACAAAGUCCUCCGAUCCCUGGGGCUCAGUGGGGAGUGAAGGUGGGGCAGGUGUUCGAAAUAGUGGCAGUCGUCGAUCCAGCCACUGUGGUACCAGUCCAGUCCAGGAGACCUGUAGCCCUAUUAGUGCCUCAAGGCCUAGCCUGAAGGGACACCAUGAACAUUUGGCUGCUGGAUUUCGGCGGCGCUGCCACACCCUGGACAGCCAGCUGCAUAGCUACCACUCUGGAGCUGAACACAUAGACCGCAGCCAGGAAAGGGUUCCUCGCUUCAUGGCCGGGGUCACAUGGAUGGCUCCAAGCUGGCGCACUCCUGCAGGCACCUUAAACCAGUCGUAUGAGGUUGAUAAUCCUUCACCAUCCCAGGUCAUAUUUAGGAUGGAGCCUGAUGACCCUCAGGGGAUAAAUGAUGAAAGGAUCACACCAACUGUCUUCAGAAAUGCAGCUGAGGCACAGAGCAGCAAGACAGAGGAGACCCAGAGGCGAGCACAGGCUCUGGAGGACAUGCAAAGGCGUCUGGAGGAGGAGCAUGCCUUGCAGAUGUCGCUGCUCCUGGCCGAGCAGGAGAAAGAGCAACAGCGCCUCCGUCUGGAGCUCGAGGAGACAGAGAGAAGACUAAACGAGCAGGGCUGUGUGCGGGCUUUGAGUGGGGAUGCUUCUGGGUGGACUUGUGACAGCUGUCUUGUUGUGAGCCCCUCCUGCCCAGGACUUAGCCCUGCCCACACACCAUCUGAUAGAUCACCUGGACACAGUAUAGGUUUUUCCAGUCCUGUAAGUUCCAGUGUGUCCUCUCCCUCUGUCCAGACUCCCGUCUAUCUGUGGGGGACAACACGUGUGGUUGGCAAACCUCGAGCCAGGCUGAGUCAGGUUCUGACAGCAGAGCAGCAGAGAGCGUUCUGUCGAAUUGGCGCCAUCAUUCGUGGCUUCCUCACACGCAGACUGCUCAAAACAGAGAAGGUCAAACACCUGCGGCAGACCAUUGUGGACACACAGGAGUUCAUACGGUCAUUCCAGACUGAAGCUCCACAGAGGAGGGGCACCUACUCAGCACAAGAUCGCUCCCUGCAGGAGAGAGUUAGAGCCCAGUUGCGCGCAGCCCUUUAUGACAUCUAUGACAUCUUCUUUGAAAUGCCUUUGGGGGACCGCUUAGCAUUGCUGCAGCAGGACAGGGAGCUCCGAGCAGAGAGGAAGCUACGAGACAUGGAGAAAGCCAAGUGUCCCAAGGAGAGAGUGGUUCUCUCUGCUGCCACACAGAGGUCUCUGGACAGGAAAAAGAGGGUUGGCGAAUCCCCAGCACAGGCUAGGAAGAUGCAGCAGAAGCCAAAGAGCCCCACUACCAGCAGAGUCCUGAAGCCAAGCCAAGGCCAAAAUUCUCCUGUCUCAGGCCAGCUGAACCGCCAGGGUGGCUGUUUCCUCUCAGGAGCUGGUACAGAAGAACCCCAGAGGAGAGAGUGAGACGCUCAGACAGCCUGAAGAAGCAGCACUCUUUGGGUUAACAUGUGACUCAACAUCCCCUGACGUGUGAACUUGAAUUUUUAGACUUUGAAUACAAACCUUACACCACUGAAACUCCAGUCAGUCGCUGCUAAUAAUAGGAUUGUCUUUAAUUUACCUUCUUAAAUUCAAAUGAUUGUAUUCACUACCACACUUAAGCUAUUUGAUAUACACCAUCACAAGACCACUGUUUUUUGACUGUUGUAGCUUGCUAAAAUUGUUUUUUAGUAGCAACUACUGAGUGUUACACACAAAACUCACAUGUAGCUUGAUGUGGAGUAUUUAAUGACUAGGUAGGUACAAUUAAAUUUUAAAGUAUCUGUACUUAAAUGCAAACUAGAAGAAGGUCAGAGAUAAGGGAAAUAAGUUUUAAAAAAAAGUUAUCUGUGCCUACUGAACUAUGCCUUUGCUAUCUGUAGUAUUUUAGCAUGCAUAUACUUAUCAUUUGUGUUAAACAUCUCGUGUUUAUAGCUGUGAGCGACUUUACAAACAUCUGUUCUGACAGUCACAUAAUGUAGUUGCCAUAAAAGUAGAGUAUUUAAGUGUGUAUAAUUCAUUAAGCUUUUUUGUUCAAGGGCUUUGAGUACCUGCUUGUGCUUUAUUUCUUUGUUAAAGGUCUAGUGUGUAACAUUUAGGAGGAUAUAUUGGCAGGAGUUGAAUAUAAUAGGCAUAACUACUUCAUUAAUGUAUAAUCACUUGAAAAUCAGAAUUGUUAUUUUUUUGUUACCUUCGAAUGAGCCAUUUUUAUCUACAGAUGUCUCGGGUUGCCUCCAUGGUUUCAUUCAGUAGCCCAGAACUGACAAACCAAACACUAGCUCUAGAUAGGGGCAUUUUGCAUUUUCUGCGUGUUUUGUAGACGCCGUAGUUUCUUGGAGGGGGAGGUAAGAGGGAGCGAGGGAGUUGCAAUAUCCACCUCACCGUUAGAUGCCACUAAAUCCUGCACACUGGUCCUUUAAAUGGUGCCAAGUUUACGCUGCUUUGAGAUAUUUCAGUAUGUUCCAACAUUUGGAGUAAAUCAAUGCCAAAUGGAAAAAAAAUCUAAAUGUGUUUGUUUACUGACAACACUACGCUACACUGGCGAGCAGCUACAUUAAUGUAGCUUCACGUAACAGGAAAUGCACAGCAGACACUCAGCACGCUGUUUCCUCUACUGAGUAAAACUAAAUUAUUGAGACCAUAUACAAUGCAUGUCAAAAUAUUUCCCUUAUUUCCCACUGUCUGUGUUAAGAAUAAGGGUCAGAAUCUAAAUAAAAUAAUAUUUAUGUGAACAUCUUAUCUAAUCCUGUGUUAGUGUUAAUGAAUUGGCACACCCACUUGUUCACUGCGAUACCACAGUGACUUUAUACUUCUGCAUCAGUAGUAUUCAGUGUGUUGAUGUUGUUUGCUGACAUUUUUUUUAUUUAAAAUACCAAAUUGUCAUGUUUUCUAUGACCAGAAUAAACUUUGAAAUGAUUUGAA